CUCCACCCAUCAGCUGAGGCUCGUUGCUGGCGGCUCUGGGGCCCUUGGGUGGCCGGGGCCAAAGAAGGAGAAGGAAGCCGAGGACGUCGGGCACGUGAUGAGACUUUGCUGGGGAAGCGGAGCAGGUCACAUGGAGAUCAUGGGAAGCGCCCUGCAGGGAGAGGAAAUGGCACCAAGCAGUGGUCCAAGGCAGCGAUAAGCCUGGGACAUCCUGGAUCUGAAAGAAGGCCCUGGAGUUCACUGUCUUAGAAAUGGUGACUGCUUAGAAAACUGCACAGCCCACAAACAGCUGAUGAAAUUAGCGAACAAGCAAAUCAACUAUGUCUUACACUCCAGGAAUUGGUGGUGACCCUGCCCAGCUGGCCCAGCUUAUCUCUUCCAACAUCCAGAAGAUCACACAAUGUUCUGCAGAAAUACAGAGGACUCUGAAUCAACUUGGAACACCUCAAGAUUCACCUGAAUUGAGGCAGCAGCUGCAACAGAAGCAGCAAUAUACGAACCAACUUGCCAAAGAAACAGAUAAGUACAUUAAAGAGUUUGGAUCUCUGCCCACCACCCCCAGUGACCAGCGUCAAAGGAAAAUACAGAAGGAUCGCUUAGUGGCGGAAUUCACCACAUCACUGACAAACUUUCAGAAGGCGCAGAGACAGGCUGCUGAGAGAGAGAAAGAGUUUGUCGCUCGAGUAAGAGCCAGUUCCAGAGUGUCUGGUGGUUUUCCUGAGGAGAGCUCAAAAGAAAGGAAUCUUGUGUCCUGGGAAAGCCAAACUCAGCCUCAGGUGCAAGUGCAGGAUGAAGAAAUUACAGAGGAUGACCUCCGCCUUAUUCAGGAGAGAGAGUCUUCUAUUAGGCAACUCGAAGCUGAUAUUAUGGAUAUUAAUGAAAUAUUUAAAGAUUUGGGAAUGAUGAUUCAUGAGCAAGGAGAUGUAAUAGAUAGCAUAGAAGCCAAUGUGGAAAAUGCUGAGGUGCACGUCCAGCAAGCAAACCAGCAGCUGUCAAGGGCGGCAGACUAUCAGCGCAAAUCCAGGAAAACCCUGUGUAUCAUCAUUUUUAUCCUUGUUAUCGGAGUCGUAAUUAUCGGUCUCAUCAUAUGGGGAGUGAAAGGCUAAGAUUAUAAAGGAGCACAAUAUUGCACUACAUUAUGUAAAUUACGUAGGAAGAUUCCUUUAAUCAUGGUAGGUUUUUUUAAUUGUUAUUAUUUUAAAGCUGUUGCUUAAAGGAUGGUUCCCACACUUUGUUAUUUUUAUUUGGGGGGAAGUUUUCUUUGGAUUAAAUCUGAUAUUUUCUAAUACUGAAAGUUUUUUUAAAUAUCACUGCUGGCAUAGCUUCCUGCUUUUCGACCUAGUAACUUAGUUUUUUGCCCACAUUGUAUGUGCCUUUCGUUUAUAAUUUAUUUAUCCUGUUGACUUAGUUUUUGGAAUUAGUAAAUUCAAAGGGGUGUGUGUGUUCUGUGUGCGCCUCUCUGUCACAGUGUAACAUGCACCCACGUUUGUGUUACUUCAAUUACAAAUCUUAAAUUUAAUUUUGAUUUGGGCCAGCAGAGGAAGUAUUGUCAAUAACUUUAAAAAUUAACAUAUAUGUUUGUGUUUGGAGUUUUGUUUUUAUCUAGUUCACAGCAACACAAAUUGUCUGUUUAACUUUUACUGUUAUUUUUCUCUUAAGACCCUUGUUUAUUCUGAAUGAAAUCAGUGAAUAACUUCCUAGUAUAUCUCUUACUCCUGAUGUGUAUAUAGUAAGCAUUUGCUGUAGAUUGGCUAGUAAAAUACUAAGGAUAGAUUGUUUUUAUAUGGGUUCUGUUUAAGUCUCACGUUCGUUUGCAGGGGAUUGUGUGGUCACUAUAAAUGUUUAAUGUGAUUUGGAGGAAGAGUAUGACAGAUCAAUACCUAUUGUGUUAGAAUUCUAAAGAUCCCAACUUGUAUUCGGCUGUGUAUUUCCACAGCUGUUAUGAUGGAAAAUUAAUUACCUUCUCUUAUGUCCUGUAGAAUAAUAAAGAUUACCUUUGGGAAGUAACUUUCCCACAGUUACCGUUUUUGAGCACCUAACACUUAAAAUUCUGUUUCCCUUCAUACCAUUUUGUACCAUCCUUCAUUAGAAAGGGAAUUGGAUGUUCGCCACUUAACUCACUUGCCUUUUUUAAUCAAUGUUGUUUUAAUGCACUAAUCUGAAUACUGUAAAGAAGAUUAUCUUAGUUUAUAGUUUGUAUUUUAUAAUGUUCUUAUAUAGCAGUUUGAUAGUGAAGGCAAUGUUUUACAUGGCAAGCUAUGAGACUUCAAAUGGGAACAAAUGAAAUAUUAAGUAACUAAGUAAAUUGUAUCUUUGCAACCAAAAUAAAGAUGAUUUUAAAAAGUG